AUUAAAUUCUCUUGAAAUCGAAGCAAAGAAAGAAAUAUUUUUCCCGAAAUCUGUUUGUUUUGAGGGAAAAUGGGUCAGUUCCAUUCCAUUUACGUAGACCGCGAUUACUCUGCCGGUGAUCGAUUCAGCUCUUUGUCGUCACUUGGAAUGGUUUCCAGCGAUUCUGUGGAAUCCGACAAGGAAUUUGCUGCGAAUCUCGAUUAUACCGGUGAGAUUCCCGAUGAGUGCUUGGCAUACAUUUUUCAAUUCCUUGGCACCGACGAUCGCAAGUGGUGCUCGCUAGUGUGCAAGCGGUUUCUGCUUGUGGACGACCAAAACCACUACCGCCUAUCGCUCGACUCACGAUCGGAGAUCGUUGAUUCGUUGUCUUCUAUCUUCACGCGCUUCGAUUCUGUCAACAAACUCGUGCUUCGAUGCAACCGAAAAUCAAUUAGCUUAAGCAACAAGGUGUUGGUGCUGAUCUCAACUCAUUGCCCAAACCUUAGCCGCCUUAAGCUCUGUGGAUGCCACAAAAUCACCGAUUACAGGAUGGCUCGAUUCGCUAAAAACUGCAAAAAUCUGAGGAAGCUGUCUUGUGGUUCAUGUAUGUUUGGUGCCAAGGCAUUGAACAUUGUUCUCAACUAUUGUACCAAUCUGGAAAACAAACAGUCUGACUCCUCUUCCUCCACUCCCUCUGUUUUCAUUCCAUCUUCCUUUCUGGCAACAGCCAUGAAAUUCUCUUGAAAUCGAAGCGCGAAAAAAGAAAUAUUUUUCUUGAAA